GUUAAAUCACUCAGUGGUGCAUACGCUACUGAAGUUGGAAGCAAUGUCACUAAGACAUAUUUAGCUGAGCUCAAGGAACUAGCUAAACUGAGUGGCAAGGAUUAUGGUGAAGUGUUAAAAGAAAUGAUGUCUCAAAUUGGAGAUGAUGUUGAAGCCAUGCGACCCACAUCUGAAGAGUCUCCUUACAGAAAUGUUGAGACCACUGUUUCUUCACCUCCCUACCCUAAAGAGCAACAGACACACAGCUCAUUCCCAGAUGAAACACCAGGUGGGAAUGGUACAGCUGAUCAUGUUCAGACCAGUAAUGAAAAGAGAGCACCAUCCCUUUCAUUAAAUGAGAUUAACCCACCUGAUAUCCAGAAAGUCGUGGUUGAGCAUAUUGUACGAAGACAGGAUGUUGUCCCACACAUGCAGUCCCAGGUGAGACUUKGCUCCUUCUCUGGAAGAUCUCCCAGACCUAAUAAUGAAACUGACUAUGACACCUGGCGCACACAUAUUGAGUUGCUUCAAAGUGAUCCUAGCAUGUCUCCUCUACAAAUAUCCAGAAAGAUCCUUGAGAGCCUGCUCCCACCAGCAGCUGAUGUAGUCAGGGGCUUACGGCCGGACUCACUCCCUGUGGCUUACCUGCAGCUCCUAGACUCCGCGUUUGGUACGGUGGAGGAUGGGGAAGAGCUUUUUGCCCAAUUUCUGAACACCCUCCAAGAUCCAGGUGAGAAACCCUCUGCUUACCUUCAUCGACUUCAGCUAGCAUUGAACCGAGCUACACAAAGAGGUGGAGUUCCCUGUGAAGAAGUAGACAAGCAUCUUCUUAAGCAGUUCUGCAGGGGCUGUUGGGAUAACACCCUGCUCAGUGUCCUGCAGCUUGAACAAAGGAAGAGCAACCCACCUCAAUUCUCCGAUCUUUUGCUAAUGAUUCGGUCUGAAGAAGAUCGACAACAAGCAAAAAGCAGUCGUAUGAAAAAACACAUCGGUACCACAAAGCAGAGAGCUCAAUUGCAGUUCCAUAGUGCUCACUCAAUGGGAUUUGAAGAAAAGAAUGAGAGCAGUGUCAAUGCCAUUGAGGAUCUGAGAAAGCAGGUGGCUAGUUUACAAAGCCAAUUAACUACUUUCAUGUCACAGAAAAAAACAAAGGGAGCUGGCAGCAAGGAAGCUACAAGGAAGGCUCAGAGCAGAAUGUCAAAUUCGGUUGAUACAGGUGUGGAAAAGCAAAGACAAACAAACAAAGUACAGACAUACAAACCUAAACCUUGGUACUGCUUCAACUGUGGUGAGGAUGGGCAUAUUGCCCCAUGCUGCACUGACCCUGCCAACCCCAUCUUAGUGGCAGAAAAGAAGAAGCAGUUAGAGGAGAAACAGCGCCAAUGGGAAUCUAAAAGGAGUGUUAACUUGCCUUUAAACUGUUAGCGGUCCCUGUUGUGGGACAAACAGGG